GUAUAAAGGGCAUUUGGAUUGCAUUUGUAAUCAUGGUAGGUUGAGUCAUUUGUAGCUAGUUGAUGUGAGUUCGUUAUACAUGCAUCUGAGUGAAGCCCAGACAACAGCAAAUCGUUGCUGAGUUCUUGCUGCGGCCUUGCAAAUCCCAUGCACUUCGGUAUCAUGCCGGGUUCCUGGCUGAUCCUAGUUUUGGCUGUGUCCUCUGCUGCAGUCCUUGCUCAUGCUGCUACUGUGGAGCAUACCUUCAAUGUCGCGACAUUAUGUUGGCCGCGCAUCAGCCAGCCGGGGGACGUGAGCAUCACCGCCGUGGAUGGAGUACCCGGUCCCGUGAUCGAAGCCUACGAAGGCGACACCGUGGUGGUCCACGUCAUCAACGACUCUCCACACAACGUGACAAUCCACUGGCACGGCGUGAUCCAGCGGGGCACGCCGUGGGCGGACGGCCCGGAGAUGGUGACGCAGUGCCCGAUCCGGCCGGGCACCCGCUACACGUACAGGUUCAACGUGUCCGGGCAGGAGGGCACGCUGUGGUGGCACGCGCACGCCUCCUUCCUCCGCGCCACCGUGCACGGCGCCCUCAUCAUCCGCCCGCGUGCCGGCGCCGGCGCGUACCCGUUCCCCACGCCCGACGGCGAGGCGGUCGUCCUGCUCGGAGAGUGGUGGAACGACGAGAAUGCCAUCAGCUCCAACGUGAUCGCCGACGCGUACACCAUCAACGGGAAACCCGGCGACCUCUACGCCGGCGAGACGACGGCGAACCGAAGCGCCAAGUUCGAGGUGACCCGCAACUCGACGUACCUGCUGCGGAUCAUCAACGCUGCACUCAACACGGCGUUCUUCUUCAAGGUGGCGGGGCACACGUUCACCGUCGUGGCGGCGGACGCGAGCUACACCACGUCGUACGAGACGGACGUGAUCGUCAUCGCGCCGGGGCAGACCGUCGACGCGCUCAUGGCGGCCGACGCCUCCCCGGGCCGCUACUACAUGGCGAUCUCCUCGUACCAGAGCGCGUUCCCCCCGCCGCCGGGGGGUUUCAACGGCAACGUCACCACGUCCCUCGUCGAGUACGCCGGAGCGGCGGCGCCGGGCGGCGGCCAGCAGGCGCCGGCGCUGCCUGACACGCCGGAGCCGACGGACACGGACACGGCCAACCGGUUCUACACCGGCUUGACGGCGCUCGUCCGCCCAGGUAUGCCGAGGGUGCCGCUCACCGUCGACACCCGCAUGUUCGUCACCGUCGGGCUCGGGCUCCGCUACCCGCCGUGCGAGCCCACGCAGACGACGCCGUGCCAGCCGAUCCCCGUGGCUACCAUGAACAACCAGUCGUUUGUUCUCCCAAGAGCCAUGUCGAUGCUGGACGCGCGGUACCGGAACACGCCGGACGGCGUGUACACCCGCGACUUCCCCGACCGACCGCCCGUGGAGUUCGACUACACGAACAGGACGGAGAUGGUGGUGGGCGGGGCCGCCGCGGCGCUACUGUUCCCGGGGACGCCGGCGACGAAGGUCAGGAAGCUGGAGUACAACGCGACGGUGGAGAUGGUGCUGCAGAACACGGCGCUGGUGGGGCGCGAGAGCCACCCGAUGCACCUGCACGGCUUCGACUUCUUCGUGCUGGCGCAGGGGUUCGGCAACUACGACGACGCCACGGGCUCGCAGCAGUUCAACCUCCGCAACCCGCAGGAGCGGAACACCAUCGCGGUGCCCACCGGCGGGUGGGCCGUCAUCCGCUUCGUCGCCGAUAACCCAGGAAUGUGGUUCAUGCACUGCCACAUCGACUCCCACCUCUCGAUCGGCCUCGGGAUGGUGUUCGAGGUGGAGGACGGGCCGACUCCGGACACGAAGUUGCCGCCGCCGCCGGCGGACUUGCCGCAGUGCUGAGGCUGUUCGGGUGUGCCGUGUACGUUUCGGCCAUGGAACCAGGCGGGGCCAUGCAUGGAUUGCGCCAACCAAAAUAAUGUUCCGGACGAGAAGAAGACAAGCUGUAUACUUCGAUGAUUUCGAUUUUGCGAUUGUUUGGGGUGAUAAAGUGUAAAAUACUACACCCCAUGUACGUAUUUGCAGCAACUUUUUCUAUCUUAAAAUGUGAUCCUUGAUUGAUUUUGGACCUGCAAUUUUGUAAAAAUAUUCUGAGAGCGGUUUCAGUUGCAGAAUCCUUACAUUCGAAGCGA